CUGAUGUGCGAAAGGGGAAGCAAAGGGCGCUUGCAGGAGGAGGCUGGUGCCGGUUCCUGCUUCCACCCAGAGCCAGCCGGGAUAAGGAUCGGGACCUGCGUCUGUGUCUUCCCCACCCGGGAGGAUCUGUUUGCCUUCUGGAAAAGGUUGGGGAUCCCUGUGCUAAGUUCCUCUUUGAGGCUGAAUAGUUGCCUGCCUUUCUUUGGGAGAGACACCCCAGUCACUCGCUGGAAUCAUCCCACUUCUGCUCAUGAACGACCUUAGUGCUUCAACAGUGUCGUAUUUCGAACCCAGGACCGCUUGGCUUCCCACAGCUUCCAUGGCACACCGAUCUGAGCACGCCUUCAGGUAAGAAAGUAAUUGGAAGAAGAGGGAGGUGAAAUUUCAGCACUGAUGGGGGCUGCUUUAGAGCACGGAUCAAAAAUGGAAGGCUCAUCUGGCCUAGAAGAUGAGAGAGACCCUGAAGCCAUCCUGGCGGAAAGCAGGGGGGAAUUCUGGGAAAGAACCGUCCAGGAGAUCCUGGGUGUGGAGGACACCCUCAGCGUGGAUGUACAGCGCCAGCGCUUCAGGCUCUUCCGCUACCAGGAGGCAGAGGGCCCCCGAGAGGCCUGCAAUCAACUCCACCGCCUUUGCCUUCAGUGGCUGAAGCCGGAGCGCCACACAAAAACCCAGAUCUUGGACCUUGUGAUCCUGGAGCAGUUUCUGACCAUGCUGCCCCUGGAGAUAGAGAGCUGGGUCAGGGAAUGUGGGCCGGAGACCAGUUCCCAGGCGGUGGCCCUGGCGGAAGGUUUCCUCUUGAGCCAGGAGGAAGACAAGAAGCACGAAGAACAUCAGCCCUGCCCACUUUUGCCUGUGGCUCCGCCCACCACUGGAAGGAGGACCCCGAGAACUUCUUUGAAACGGAAUCUGGCCCUGGGGGAGCUGAAAAGGGACCACCCGCCCUGCCGGAAGGCACUGAAAGCUUCCUCUGGUGCCAGGCAGGGCUCCCUGUUCCGGUGGCUCUUGGAGGAAUUUGACCAAGCUUCCACUUUCCUGGGCAACGAAAUGACCCCAGCGAUCCAUUCUCGGUUGCCUCCUGUUCGUGCUGGCGUGGAAAUGGCUGCUGUGCUGCCUGAUCAGGGUCCGGUGACCUUUGAGGAUGUGGCUGUGUAUUUCACCAAUGAGGAGUGGGCGCUCCUGGAUCCAGGCCAAAGAGCCCUCCAGGUGGAGGUUAUGGAGGAGAAUUGUGGGAAUUUGGCUUCUCUGGCCCUGAUGGAUGAUGCCAUGGAGCAUGUAUUGAAAAUGGAUGAGCAGGACUCAGCUGGCCCUGAAGCAGAAAGAGACCCUGAUGACUUCCUGGCGGAGAAUCAGGGGGAAAUUUGCAGAACUGUGCAGGUAGUCCAAGGUGGUGAUGGGCAGGACGAGGAGGAUGAAAGAGAACUACGCAGGGGGUUGUUGGAGACAACCAGAAGUCAAGAGGUUGAAGAGCAGAACGCAAGAACAGAAGAGAAAGAGAAGAUGGGGGAUGAAGCUUCUGCUUCUCAGGGUGAGGACAUCUGUGAAAUCCCAGUCCAAGAAAGAAUUCACGAAGGAGAAGGAAGGAUUCAGUGCCUCGUGUGUGGGAAACAAUUCAGUUGUCGAUCAAGCCUUCAUCUUAAUACGACAACUCACACAGGAGAGAGGUCUUUCAGGUGUUGUGAGUGUGGGAAGAACUUCAGAAUUAAAUACCUGCCUCCCCAUCGAGGAAUUGACCUAACGGAGAAACCACUUCCUGGGUUGGAGUGUGGAAAGAGCUUCUGCUGGGCUGAGUCACUUACUUUGCAUCAACGCAGUCACGUUGGAGAGGAACCAUUUAAGUGCUUGGAGUGUGAAAAAACUCACGCUCAGAAGACACAUCUCACUUCUCAUCAGAUAGGACACACUGGAGAGAAACUGUUUAAAUGCUUGGAGUGUGGCCAGAGCUUCAAUUGGAGCUCACACCUCAUGACACACCAAAGAAUCCACACAAGGGAAAACCCUUUUCAGUGCUUGGAGUGUGGCAAGAGUUUCAAUUGCAGCUCCCAGCUUAUGACGCACCAAAAAAUUCACACAGAGAAGCCAUUUCAAUGCUUGCAGUGUGGAAAGAGCUUCAGGUGGAACUCGCUACUUGUGACACACCAAAGAAUCCACACAGGGGAGAAGCCUUUUAAAUGCUCAGAGUGUGGAAAGAGUUUCACCCAGAGCUCAUACCUUGUCUCGCACCAGAGAAUUCACUCAGGGGAAAAACCAUUUAAUUGCUCGGAGUGCGGAAAGAGCUUCACCCAGAGCUCACAGCUGGUGGCACACCAAAGAAUUCACACAGGGGAGAAACCUUUUCGGUGCGUGGAGUGCGGAAAAAGUUUCACACACAGCUCAUACCUUGGGAGACACCAGCGGAUUCACACAAUGGAGAAACCUUUCCGAUGCUUGGAGUGCGGAAAAAGCUUCAGUCAGAACUCAUACCUUGUGUCACACCAAAGAAUUCACACUGGGGAUAAACCUUUUGAAUGCCUGGAGUGUGGAAAGAGCUAUUUUGGGAAGCGCUCCCUUAUUGAACAUCAAAAAGUUCAUAGGGGACAAAAUUAUUUCAUAGAGUCAUAGAAUAGUAUUAGAAGGGGCCCAGAAGUGUGGUGCCCAGAACUGGACGCAGUACUCAAGAUGAGGCCUAACAAGGCCCAAAUAGAGUGUUUAGAAUGUGGGAAAAGCUUCCAGUUGGCUCUCUUACUGUUUGCAUGGCACUGGUUUGGGGGAUUUUGAGCCUGCUAUUA